CCAAGAAGCAGUUUACGACACCGUCGGUCGUGUUUACGGUACCGGCCGCUGCGCGCGCAUCUUUCCUCCUUUCCCGGUUCCCUGGAGCUCAGGCGGUGGCGAGAUAUCUGGCCUACACUAUCUCUCGCCAUCGGGGCCGGCUUCGGCCGUUACAGGUUUUAAAAGAUGGCAAAGUUCAUGACACCCGUGAUCCAGGACAACCCCUCAGGCUGGGGUCCCUGUGCGGUUCCGGAGCAGUUUCGGGAUAUGCCCUACCAGCCGUUCAGCAAAGGAGAUCGGCUCGGAAAGGUUGCAGACUGGACGGGGGCAACAUACCAGGACAAGAGAUACACAAAUAAGUACUCCUCUCAGUUUGGAGGUGGAAGUCAGUAUGCUUACUUCCACGAGGAGGAUGAAACUAGUUUCCAGCUGGUGGACACCGCGCGCACACAGAAGACCGCCUACCAGCGGAAUCGAAUGCGAUUUGCACAGCGAAAUCUCCGCAGAGACAAAGAUCGACGGAACAUGUUGCAGUUCAACCUGCAGACCCUGCCUAAGAGCGCCAAGCAGAAAGAGAGAGAACGCAUAAGACUGCAAAAAAAAUUCCAGAAACAAUUUGGAGUGAGGCAGAAAUGGGACCAAAAAUCACAGAAGCCCCGAGACUCUUCAGUGGAAGUCCGCAGUGACUGGGAGGUGAAGGAGGAGAUGGACUUCCCUCAGCUAAUGAAGAUGCGGUACUUGGAAGUGUCAGAGCCCCAGGACAUCGAGUGCUGCGGGGCCCUGGAAUACUACGACAAGGCCUUCGAUCGCAUCACCACACGGAGCGAGAAGCCUCUUCGGAGCAUCAAGCGUAUCUUCCACACCGUCACCACCACGGACGACCCUGUCAUCCGGAAGCUGGCGAAGACUCAGGGCAACGUGUUUGCCACGGACGCCAUUCUGGCCACACUGAUGAGCUGCACCCGCUCUGUGUAUUCCUGGGACAUCGUCGUCCAGAGAGUCGGGUCCAAGCUCUUCUUUGACAAGAGGGACAACUCUGACUUUGACCUUCUGACAGUGAGUGAGACAGCCAACGAACCCCCUCAAGAUGAAGGUAACUCCUUCAACUCACCCCGCAACCUGGCCAUGGAAGCAACCUACAUCAACCACAACUUCUCCCAGCAGUGCUUGAGGAUGGGGAAGGAAAGAUACAACUUCCCCAACCCCAACCCAUUUGUGGAGGACGACAUGGAUAAGAACGAGAUCGCCUCUGUAGCGUACCGUUAUCGCCGGUGGAAGCUCGGGGACGACAUCGACCUCAUCGUCCGCUGUGAGCAUGAUGGUGUCAUGACCGGAGCCAACGGGGAGGUGUCCUUCAUCAACAUCAAGACCCUCAACGAGUGGGACUCCAGGCACUGUAACGGCGUUGACUGGCGACAGAAGCUUGAUUCUCAGCGAGGGGCUGUCAUUGCCACCGAGCUGAAGAACAACAGCUACAAGCUGGCCCGCUGGACCUGCUGUGCUUUGCUGGCUGGAUCCGAGUACCUCAAGCUUGGUUACGUGUCCCGGUACCACGUGAAAGACUCGUCGCGCCAUGUCAUUCUGGGUACCCAGCAGUUCAAGCCCAACGAGUUUGCCAGUCAGAUCAACCUGAGCGUGGAGAAUGCCUGGGGCAUCCUGCGCUGCGUCAUCGACAUCUGCAUGAAGCUGGAGGAGGGCAAGUACCUCAUCCUCAAGGACCCCAACAAGCAGGUCAUCCGUGUCUACAGCCUACCUGAUGGCACUUUCAGCUCCGAUGAGGACGACGAGGAGGAGGAGGAGGAGGAAGAGGAAGAAGAAGAGGAAGAAGCCUAAACCAGACGGUGAUGUGGAACUGGCAUCUGCGAUUCCAUCGAGCCUGGAGGACCCUGAGUACCUAGUGGGACGUGUGUGUGAUUCUUGCUCUGUGAAGCUGGGCCAUUGAAAUAAAUGCUGUCUAGUCCCUUA